AUUAUCUGAACAUUAUUUGUGCCUAAUGUAAUGCUGACACUAUAGUUGAGCUACACCAGCAGAACUAAAUUAAAAUGAUAAAUUCUAUCUGAUUCCUGGACAACAGUGUAUGGUUUACGGAGUAGUUUCUUUGAAUUGAUCGGUUGUUGUUUACCAUGUGUUUCUUGUCUUCUGGUAUUUUUUACCAUGUUUAUUUGGUUGUUCAUUUCUUGUCCGUUCUUGAUUUUGUAUGGAAGAUACUGGGUGUUCUUCCUGGACGCCGUUGGUCAUGACGAAGGAGGAGGGCAGGGUAGGUAGACGUCGCAAAUUUGUCACACCAUGGAAGAAAGCGGCUCAGGAGGUCGGCGACGGCGGUGCAGAGGAUCGUGUCGAGCGCCUCGCCGCCGCGGCUUCGUCCUCAACUGCUCUCUCUCCAAGGGUUACACUAGAUGGGUCCAAUGUUGGAGGGAAAAGAGGCAAAAAAAGGAAGUCUCCCUGCGUGGCAAUGCCAUUCUUUAGAACCCCGUUGAGCAGAAUGUUACUGUCCCCUAGCAUACGGAUAAGGUCUCCUUCUAUACAACAACGAACAUCACCUUCUGCUACAACCCAUGGAAUUUGUCAAGGUCGAGAGCAAAGAACAAUGGAUAUUGAUUUAAAUUUGGAACCGGGAGAUACAUAUGCUGCCAUAGAUCCCGGAGAGGCUGGAUUUGAUCACAGUGCUGCCACAGAUGCUCAAGGCAAUGGAGAGGCUGGAUUCGAUCACAGUGCUGCCACAGAUGCUCAAGGCAAUGGAGAGGCUGGAUUUGAUCCCUUCGAUUCAAAUGCUGAUGAUGAUGUCCUAGUCACUCUAGAGGAGAUAGGUGUUGACCCUGGCCAGGAGAAUGUACAGCCUCAGUUUGAUCCUUUCUUCGAUUCUGAUGUUGAUGAUGCUAUCCUAGUUCCUCAGGAGAAUACACACAAGAAUGUCGUGCUUGAUAAUGACAAACAGAGAGCAAUCUUUGACGCCAUGCUUGUAAAGGCAAGAAAAGGAUAUUUGAAGGGCCAUGAGAGCAAGGAGGUUUCAGCUAAAUUCUCGGUGCCUAUCAGGACAGUACAGCGGAUAUGGAAAAAAGGCAAAAGCUGUUUGGAUCAAGGUAUUUCAGUUGAUGUUGCGAGUGGAAGAUCUAGCUGCAAAGAGGUCAAGUGUGAACCGUCCUGCAGGGACAAUCGAGAUGAAGCCCAUUGA